AUGUUAAAGAGUUUAAUUAUUAAUAUUAAUAAAUCUUCAGUAACAUCAAAUAAUAUUUCAAAAUUUUCAAAAGUUAAUCAAAUCAAUAGAUAUUUCAGUAGUAAAAUGACAAAUGUUGGUGAUAGAUCAAAAUUAUUUGUUUCACCAAAAUGGUUAAAAGAGAACCAAAACAAUGUAAAGAUUGUAGAUGCAAGUUGGUUUAUGGCACAUGAAAAGAGAGAUCCAAGAAAAGAAUUUGUAGAUAAACAUAUAAAAUCAGCCAAAUUAUUCGAUAUCGAUGAAAUUUGUGACAAAACUGUAUCAUUACCACACAAUUUACCAAGUGAACAAGUAUUUGAAAAAGAGAUGAAACGUUUAGGAAUCACCAACGAUGAUCAUAUUAUCAUCUAUGAUACGCGUGCUCAAUAUGUUGCAUCAGCACGUGUUUGGUGGACAUUUUUAAUAUUUGGUCAUUCUGCAUCAAAAGUUAGUUUAUUGGAAGGUGGUCUACCAGCAUGGGAAAGAGAAGGUUAUCCAGUUCAAUCAGGUCCAAUCGAAAAUUCAAACAACGAUGAAUCAAAAACAUAUAAAUCAACAUUCAAUAAUGAUUUAGUAAAGAAUAAACAAGAUAUUUUAAGCAAUUUGCAAAGCAAAGAAUAUCAACUCAUUGAUGCACGUUCAGCCGAUAGAUUCUGGGGUAGAGUUGAUGAACCAAGACCAGGUCUUCUUAGAGGUCAUAUUCCAAACUCUUUAAAUAUUCCAUGGACAGAUUUAAUUGAACCAGUAGCAAAUGGUGGUCAUGGUGGUUUCAUUCCAAAUGAUAAGGUUUUAACAACAUUCAAAGAAAAAGGUGUUGAUCUUUCCUCUAAAAUCGCUACAACUUGUGGUUCUGGUACAACUGCCGCUGUAUUAUCUUUAGGUUUAUAUAAAUUAGGUUAUCCAUUAGCACCAAUUUAUGAUGGUUCUUGGUCAGAAUGGGGUUUACCUGUAAAUAAAUUACCAACUUCAUGUUCAAAUAAUUAA